AUGCGGCAGGGGGCGGUGCGUGGCGCUGCAUCGCCGUAUGCCGUGGCGCUGCGGGCGCUGCUGUCGCAUCGCCGCGAUGCAGAGGCAUGCAGGCAAGAAGCGCGGUGGCUGGUCGAUGAGGUGCGGGCGCGGCACGGUCUCUCGUCGGCGUGGGUGACGUGGCCGGCGCCGGCGAGGCAGACGCUGCUGUCACUCGCGCGGCGCGCGGCGCGUGAUGAGCCGUUGAGCUAUGUCAUUGGGCACCAGCCCUUUGGGCCGCUGUCGCUGCUGACGCGUCCGCCGAUUCUGAUUCCGCGGUGCGAGACGGAGGCGUGGACGUACCAGUUGCUGUCGCUGGUGCGUGCGCGCUUUGCCGACGAUGGUCCUCGGCCGCGGCGGAUCCUGGAUCUGUGCACGGGCAGUGGAUGCAUAGCUGUGGCGCUGGCGCACGGUCUGCAGGCGUACGACGUGGACGUUGUCGGUGUGGACAGUGAUGAGCGUGCCGUGCGUCUCGCGCGUGAGAAUGCAGAGCGACACGACCUGAAGCGCGUCACGUUCGUGCAUGGCGACGUAUGGGACGAUGCGUGUCUGUCGCGCCUGGGCGCCUUUGACCUCGUGACGUGUAAUCCGCCGUACAUUGCCGAGGCGGCGUGGGCGGGCCUGGACGCGAGUGUGCGGGAGCACGAGUCGUAUGCGGCGCUUGUGGGGGCCGCUCAGGAUGGGUACGCGUACUACCGGCGUCUACGGAGCGUGUCGCUGUGGACGGCGUCGCCGAUGGCGCCGUCGCUGGUGAUGGAGGUGGGGGCGGGACAGGCGGGGCGGGUGGCGGAGCUGUUUGCGCCGUGGCCGGUGGAUGUGUGGAAGGACGACGCGGGAUGGGAUCGUGUCGUGGCGGUUACAUGGCCGAGUAGUAGUAGUAGUCGUCGAUGA